AUGGAUAAACCAAUGAAAUUUAAAGACUUUGAGGAGGUUGAUGAAUUAAUUAUUAAAGCAAAGCCUGAUGGAGUAAUAGGAGAGAUAUAUGUAGAAACAUUGAAUAAGGUGUUUGAAGAGAAUGAAAAAAGGUGCUCAGAUUUAGAAGAUGAGUUGGGCAAUCUUGAGAGAUCAAAAGAAGAUGAAUCAGAUGAUGAGUCAGAGGCUGGGAGUGAGAGUGGAUAUGAUGGAGAUGAAGAAGAAAGGGAGGAUAGUGAUGAUGAAGACAGUGGGAGUAAUUAUAAUGUUGAUGAUAGUGAUAAUAAUAAUUAUGUAAGUAUUUUAGUUAUUUCUGUUUGCUGGUUGAUUUUUAUACUUUUACUUAAAUGGUCUGUUGUAAAUAAUCACAGAAUGGAUGAUAAUGCAUCCCCAAGGAAAAGAAGGAGAAUUAGGUGCUUUUAUGUGGUCGAUUCUGGGUGUGAAACAUCGAAAGAAGUAUCAAAUUGA